AUGCACUACACACUUUUCUUAGUAUUUUUUCUUUUGAUAGUACAAUUGAAUUCCAAAGAGCAUCACGUCGCUUUUACAUUAUGUGCGUCUCCAAAGAAAUAUAAUUAUAUUCAUCAAACAGUUGAUUACUUUUUGCAUGCAUACAACUAUAACCACGUCGGAAUUUCAAUUGACUUUUACGUCACUCGUGGAUGUGAAAAUUGUGCAUUUCCCGAGUUAGAUUAUGAGCUCAACAGACUUUCUAAUUUUGAUUUUAAAGUGUAUGAUGUCGCUUUUGAUAUGAUUCCAAUCAACAAAACUUUGGACGUCAAAAUGAAACCCUUUCAAGAGAAGUUUGAGAGUUGGAUAAUUGAUUUUAGGAAAGACGACGUAAAUCACAGAACAAACACCAGGUAUUCCUGGUAUGCCAAAGAUAAUAUAAUCAAUCAUUAUGCUUAUGGUCUAGCGAGGUAUGCCAAACAACAUUCCAAAGCAGACUACACUUUAUUUUUAGAAGACGACAUUCUUAUCAAAAAAGAUUUUUUCGUCACUCUUAAGAAUGUAUUAGAUACAUAUCAAGACGGUAAUCAAGUAGCUACACGGACUAUGAUAUGUCAAGACAGAUUUAAUCAUAUCAAAGUCCAUAACAAACAACUUGGAUUUUGUGUUGCGGGAUUCUUUGGUAUUUUACUUGGAGAUAGAGAGUUUAAAAGAAUGGAGAAAUUUUAUAAAUAUGUGAAGUGGGGCGUGUGCGUUGACGCUUAUAAUUGUUAUAUGGACGACUUUUUGAAUAUGUCGACGCCGAUGUUUCAAACGGCGAAACACGUUGGAUGGGACAAAUUCACAACAAAAAGAAACUUAGAGUUUUGGAUGUAA